AUUGACCGCAAUACGAUUAGAAAUACUUCUAGCGAAAUACGCCUUGCAAAUCUCACCGUCAACCAAGAAGUAUACUACUCCAUCGUGAACUGUUCCUUAAUUAAUGUCUCGGGCUGUGUUAGUAAUGCAGGAAACAUACAUGUCAUAAGCCUUGACGGUGAACAAAUAUGGGUGAGGAUGACAGGAGAGGAAUUUGAAAACUCUGGAAUUGUCGCAAUCAACGCGCUGAGAAGCAAUGCGAUUUCCAACUUUUGCUUUAAUCUGUCUGGAUCGUUCUUGAAUACAGGAAACAUGUACUUUGGUAUUAAUGGCAGCAUUUCAGGAUCUCUGCCGUUUUCUGUGACAUCUGUGAAUUCUUGGUCUAACACUGGCAAGAUGAUUUUUCAUGCAGCCCAUGGCGAGAAAGCCAGGUUACGGAUCCGGCGCUAUGUUGCGGAUGAUGUGACUAAUUCGAUAUCAAACAAUGGCACAAUUUGCUUGAACAACACUCUCUGGCCAGUGCAUACAAAUAUCGAGGGAAACGGCUGUAUCGCUGUUGGCAUGUAUGGGCAGAUAGACUUACUGUUUUCAAAAAGCACGUACCACAUUUCGGAAACA